AUGAUAAGUGAGAAGUUUAUUAGGAAGGAAUCUUUAAAAACAAGAGGCACACAUAUCGGAGAAAAGCUAACAAAAAUCAGCAGUCCAAGGAAUAAGCCCGAAUUUCAAAGAAAAGCAGAGCCUAAACUGAUCCAAAGCCCAAGAACCUUAGUUAAGCAUAAUACUUUAAAGCAUCCAAGCAAACUAGAAGAAGCAAGCUCAAAAAGCCCAAGACUGCAAAAUGAAGAACCCAAACAAAAACUUGUUUUUAAAUCCAAUUCCCCUAUAUCAAGACAAAUCUUCAAAGAAAGCCCUGUAUCAUCUUUAAAAUGAGAAGCCAAAAAGCGAGCUAUAAUGUAUCAAGAGCUCUCAAAGCAUUUAGACCUAAAUUACCUUUUUAGCACCCAAGAAAAAAUAAAUAAAAAGACUGAUUUAAUUCGCCCAAGUACAUCAGAAAAAUACCUCAAAACAUUUUUGCUUGAUAGGCAUAAGUCUCCAAGAGGUAACGAUAAAUUUGACUCAGAAAGGGCGUAUGGAUUUAAUAACUCUCCAAGGAUAAUUCACAAAGCUUUUAAUAAAGGGAAUAUCAAGCCUGUUGUAAAUAGUAAAAAAUUUAAUGAGUUAAGAGCCCUAGUGAAAAAUUUCAAGAGUGAGCAUUCAAGUCCUGCGGACUCAUUAAAUGGGUCGUUUACGUAUAGAGUAAAAACAGACAGAAUAGAGAAAUUAUCGCCAUCAAGAAUAAAAAUGCAGAUAAAAAUACCGCAGGAUGGAAAAUUGGCAGCUGAAGAAAGUGUUGAGGAACAAACUCCUGUUUGUCCAUUUAGAAUUGCAAAGGAUGCAGAUUAG